GGGUCUAGGCAACCAACCCAGACACAGCACAGCCAGACCAGAGAGUCAGGGCAAGAUGCAGUGCUGUGUGCCUAGAUGCAGGAAUAGGGGCCACCGGGGGCGCCCCGCUGAGUGCAGGUGUGCAGGACCUCGUGACUGGCUUAGUCACCAGUGGAAAAGAGUGACAGACAUGCUCCCUGGAAGAAAGAGAAGGAUGGCCGCAGGGAACACACGGGACUUAGAGAAGGACUCGCCAGACUGCCUGAGCCCAUGUGAGACCACAGGGCAGGUACCUCAGACCGGAAAAGAAGCUGAGCCCUCCCUGGAGGCAUAUAUGGCCCUGCAAGUUUCCCAGGACAAUAUGGGAGUGCCUGACGCCCAGGGAAGGCGGCAGCCUCCUCCCAAACCCCCACGUAGGAACAAGGGCAGAGUCAUCUGGUACUCAGGGUCCUGUCCUUACAGUGACUGGCCCCCUCUCCUAGAGGACCAACCUCAGGUCGGGCCAGGUCCCCAGGAGCCUGAAGGGGAACUGCAACCUGUGCAGCAGAGUGCCCCCCUGCUCCUGAGCUGCCAAUUCUGGCUGUGGCCCCAGAGCCACCCCCCAUGGAAGUUGCCCCCCCAUCUGAAGAGGUCUGCUGCCUGUGGUUCAUUCAAAUUCUACUUUACCUCUUGUGGAACUUGGUGUUCUCUUAAUGCGGUCUGAAUAAAGUGUUGUUCUAUGGA